GUAAGUUUGUGUUAAAUACAUUCGACUGUCACCACUGGUGUUCUUGUUCACUACAUUGGGUCUUUUUGUGUAGCUUAAGUAUUUCUUUAGAUGAGUCAAGAUUUUCACAAAAGGACGCUCCAAUAUUAUAUACGCCAUUACUAAGAAUGUUGGUGAUUUCAUGGAGAUCUUUAGUUCAUUAUAAUUCCGAAAUGCGUUACAAUUCUUCUGUUGUACAAUAGCGGUAAGCUACAACUGGCAAUAACCCAAGAUAUUUCAUUCGAAUUGUUAUUUAAAGACAGAUUACUUAGCUUUAAUAAGUUUCAAAAAUAAUCUCAACAAUAUGUCCAUACCUUCUUGAAAUAUCAAAGGUCCUGAAAUGAAGAAACUAGUUUUUCUCAAGUGUCAACUGUUAAGUCAUAAUUUUAAUUUUUCACUAAAGUACAACAGGUCUGUCAAUGUACUUCUUGAAUGUAUGAAGCCUAUCCUAAUCGGCUAGACAAUGUUAAUCUACGUAUAUUUUUCACUUCGUUUUUAUUUUAUAUUUUUACGCAGUUUCCAUCUCCCAGAGAAAUAGCUUUAUCAUGUGGAAUUAUAUGUAACACAGAGAGUCGAUCUCAAUCACCGGAUAGCCAACCAGAUACAGAGGAUAGUGCGAAUUCUGAUACGCGUCAGUCUCCAACUAAUAACCAGAUUCAAUCAUUACUGUGUCCAGAACGAUUACCUGCUUUGUGCUUUCCCUGCCUUAUCCCUUCAUCUUUUUGCAGCCCAACAGAUGAAAUGAGUAAUGAACUUUGGAAAACAGCUUGUCAAACCGGACCAAGACCAAUCAUAUUUGUGUAUAGAUUUUCUUAUGGUCUACCUCAAGAACUAUUUGAUAAGGCUACAGUACGGUUGAAUUGGCCCGAACUAUUCAAAUUUCGAUAUACAGCACAUUGGAAGACAGGAGUGCAAAUGUUUAACAGUUUAAAUCGGAUAAUACUCAGAUUUCUACUCGUAAAAUCAGCUAAUGAAGACAGUUUAAUCAAGUUUGAAUUUCGUGCUCUACCAGUAGCAACCACAAAUUCAGAUGACAUUGAAAUUAGAACUCAAAAUGAUGAUACAGCAGCUAAUAUAGAUGAGGAAAACAGUGAAAAGAACACUUUAGAUGAAACUACAACGUUUGAUGCCAGUAAAUCAUUGAAAGAUAAUAAUGAUAAGCAUCAGAAACAUAAACAGAAGCCUAAGUGGCAUAAAUGGCCUGUUUCAGAGGAAAAUCUCUGGAAUCUUAUGUUGCCCAUAUUGAAGGAAUUCGAUUCCAUAUUAUUAGCUUAUAAAGGUGAGUAUUAUGUUUUGAUCAGCGUGAAGAUAUUUAUCGUUUUAAGAAAAGUCAAUUUUCAAUUUAGCUAAAUAAUUAGGUAGAUUAUUUACCGACAAA